AUGGCCGCCUCGUCCUGGGAGUUCAACGCAGCCGUCACGCCUCGUCUACUCGCCGACAAGCUUUCGAAAAACUAUAUGGAGGCAGGGCAAGGAACACCGGGACUAGCUCGAGAAUACCGCCAGGUUUGCUUGCAAAUAUCUCAGGAUGCUUCUCCUCGACAGUACAACACUGAAGCUAGAGGACCGAUGGACAAGGCCAAUAUUGAACUCAUCGAUACUACCCCAGUCGGCGAGCAACAGGAUGGCCCGCCGGCAGUCGAGAACGAAGUACGAACAUUGGAUCCUCUGCCUUCCGAUGACCCCAAGGACCCGCUCAACUGGCCAUUAUGGUUGAAGAUUGCGAUCUUGGUGCAGGUGUCUAUUCUUGCAGCACUCGGGUCGUUGAACGUCGCCAUCAUCAACCCUGCGUAUGUACCCUUAGCUGAGGAGUUCGGCAUUGACGUCGUCGUGGCAUCCUAUCAAACGACGAUUCCCAUCGCGAUUAACGGAAUUGGCCCGUUCAUCUGGGUUCCUCUAGCAAAUGCCUACGGCCGCCGCCCCGUCUACCUUUUCACCACCGUCUUGGGCUUCUGCUCUGCCUUAGGGUGCGCGUACACCAAGAACUUUUCGCAGCUGCUCGUUGCACGCGUCUUCAAUGGACUCUUUCCGGCCGCGCAGACGCUCGGAGCGGUGACAGUCGUGGACCUGUUCUUCCUCCAUCAGAGGGGCCGGGCGAUGGGGUUCUGGGCGGUCAUGCUCACUAACGGAAGCCACCUCGCACCAAUUAUUGGCGGACUCUUAGGCCAGUUCCUUGGAUGGAGAUGGUGUUUCAAGUUUGCCGCCAUAUUCAACGCGUUCAUGCUCCUGACCAUCACGCUCUGCCUUCCUGAGACCCUGUACGUCCGUCAACCAUCGUCGAAAGCGCAAGAUGAGGCCCGCCAGCAUCCCGGCCCUCUGACGUGGAAGGUCUAUAUCUCCUGCCUUCGACCGUGGAGCCGUUAUCCUGGGAAGCACCUGCGCCUCGAUGCGUUCGUCGUACCGUCCCUCAAGAUGGCGCGGUAUCCGAGCGUCUUGUUCCCCGCAGUAUACUAUGGCGUCCAAUACGGUUUUGCGAGUAUUUUACCCGCCGUGACCGUGGCUGCGAUCUUCAAGGCCCGUUUCAACUUCACCGUCUUGCAGACGGGUCUCGCUUAUGGUCUCGCGUUACUGAUUGGCGGGUGUUUGGGCGAGCUGGCGGCAGGCAUGGUCGUCGACGCCAUCGUUAAGCGCGAGAUGAAAAAGCGCCCAGACGGUCAGGUCUACGCCGAAGUUCGGCUACACGCGAUCUGGACAGGUGCAAUUCUGGUCCCCGUGGGGCUGCUUAUCUAUGGCUUUUGUAUCGCCAACGCUGGCGUCCACUGGGCGGGUGCGCUGAUGGGCAUGGGCAUCGCAUGCUUCGGGAUCCAGGUGAUCACGACAACGUGCUACACCUAUUCCAUCGACUGCUACAAGACACAGGCAAGCGAGAUAUCCCAGCUCUUCAAUGUUCUUCGGCAAGAGUUCGGGAUGACAUUCGCGUUCUACGCCGUUGAUCUCGGGAACCGGAUUGGGUACCAGUUCGAGUUCUUGAUGUUCGCGCUGCUCGGACUCGUCGUUUUUGUACCCGUCGUGGCUCUGAUGUUCAAUGGAGCUCGCUGGAGGGCUCGUUUACAGGAAUAG